UUGUCAGUGAUGUGGACGUUGAAGGCGGCCGCUCUGGGUGUGGUGGCCCUCACUGUCAGUGUGGAGCUGCUUGGCUGGCUCGUCCGUCGCCUCAGGCCUGGAAGAAUCCUCAAUGAGGUCCUCUUCUUUCCCUCAGAGGUGGCCUGUGUGGAGCACAUCUUCACUCCCUCGUCGCCUCACUCCUGUCUCUGCCCAAUGCCUCAUGGUGUGGAGACCUCUUUCUCCCGUCUUCUCCACUACAUCCUGUCCUCUUCAUCUUCUCUGGACUUGUGUGUCUUUGCCUUCUCCAACAUGGACCUGUGCAGAGCUGUGCUAGCACUGCAGAGCAGAGGAGUCACCGUCCGAGUCCUCACUGACAAGGACUAUGCUGCCAUCCAGGGCUCCCAGAUAGGGGUCCUCCGCAAGGCUGGGAUCUCUGUGCGCUGCAAUGUGGACUCCGUUUACAUGCAUCACAAGUUUGCAGUGGUGGACGGCCGGCUGCUCAUCACCGGCUCCCUCAACUGGACGCUAACAGCAGUGCAGAGCAACAUGGAGAACACCAUCGUCACACAGGAGCCAGACCUGGUGCGGCCCUUCGUGAGGGAGUUCCAAAGGUUGUGGGUGCACAACGAUCCAGCUCGAGACCUCCACUCAAUCGUCACCGGAAACGCCGUGUAUAUAUUCCGGCUGCGUUGACG